AUGGAUCGCAUGGUGCAGAUGAUGGAAAGAAUGGCUGAGUUCAUGAUGGCUCAGCAGGCUCCAAACCAAAAUCAAGUUCAGCCCCGAGUAGAUUAUGCCAAAGCAAUAGCCUGCAGGCACCCUCCGACCUAUGCCGGAGAAGAAGAUCCCGUGAGAAUAUCCUCCGCGGUGUACUACCUCACAAAGGCUGCGGACAAUUGGUGGACUACAACCGGGCCUGAUCUUUUGCAAGACCCAGACUUCGACUGGGAAGACUUCAAAACAGCAUUGAGGGCUCAGUUUUACACUGAAAGAAUUCGAGGAAUUAAAUGCGACGAAUUUCUAAGGUUGAGACAGAAAGGAGCAAGUAUUCAGGAGUAUUAUGCAAAGUAUAUAGAACUGCUAAGAUUCGCCCAGGAUAUUGUGCAGGAUCAAGUGAGCAAAGCCAGAAGAUUCGUGCGCGGCAUGGACUGGGAUACUCGAAGAGCUCUUUCACCGUUUAUGUGUUCGACCCUGAAAGAGGCAUAUGAACGGGUAUCGGACUAUUAUCAAGUGCACCUGGAUCAGCAGGAGGUGUACGGCCGAAACAAGAGAAAGGCCGAGGCGCAGCAGGGGAAAUCGAAACUUGAAUGUAAGAAACCAAAUUUAGGAGAAGCCGGUAGCAGGCAAGGAGAAAGAAGGGGGGAAUGCGGCCGAGAGGGGCACACGCAGAAGAACUGUUUUACUCAACCACGGCGCUAUCUGAACCCACCCCUGAAUCCAAAUCAAUGGGGAAGGGUUACUGGAGGACCGAGGCAGGGACAAUCUAGAGGUGGAAAUGGCAGAGGGAAUAAUGUCCAACAAGUAAGCCAGGGGAGACCAUCGAGUGCUGCUUCCAAUACUAACAACAAUAGAGGAAAACAACCAGUUGGGGCCAACAAUUCAGGAAGCCAGGGGAGAAUUUUCGUUGUCAAUAGCGCCCAGGCUCAAGCAAGCGACGCCGUUGCCGGUACUUUCCUAAUAAACUCUAUGCCUGGUUUAGUUCUAUUUGAUACAGGAGCCACGAAUUCUUUCAUCUCUUGUAUGCUUGCUGAUAAAUUGGGGUUAAGAUCUACUACUAGGUUAAACCUUAACGUAAUGACUGCCUCAGGACUAGUAGUAACUUGUAAGAACAUAUAUGAGAAUGUUUCUAUAGAGAUAGCGGGAGUUAACUGUCCCGGGAAUCUUAUUCGGUUUGAGUUGGAAGGUAUAGAUGUGGUAUUGGGAAUGGACUGGUUAGAGAAAUAUAAAGCUCGGAUAGUGUGUAAUGAAAAGAAAAUUCUGUUAAGAGGACCGAAAGGGAAAAGGGUUUCAUAUCGAGGAAUCAAGAAGGAGCCCGAACCAAAGUUGAUGACAAUGCGAAGACUGAGAAAAUACGCACAAAAGGGGUAUGAAGUGUACCUCUGUCUGGUGCAGGAUACGGAGGUAGAAAAACUGGAGAUCAGUCGGAUCCCAGUGGUGCGUGAAUUUCCAGACGUGUUUCCCGAUGAUCUUGCGGGAAUGCCCCCUGAAAGAGGAGUGGAAUUCACCAUUGACCUGAUGCCAGGAACAUCACCUAUUUCCAAAGCACCUUAUAGAAUGGCGCCCAAAGAAAUAGAGGAGUUGAAAGUUCAACUAGGAGAACUGGAACUUAAUCGAGUCACAAUUAAGAAUAAAUACCCAUUGCCCAUAAUUGAUGACCUAUUCGACCAGUUAAGAGGAGCGAGCGUGUUUUCGAAGAUUGAUUUGCGAUCCGGAUACCAUCAAGUCAAAGUUAAGGAGCAAGACAUCCCCAAGACUGCCUUCCGGAUGAGGUAUGGUCAUUACGAGUUUACGGUGAUGCCGUUCGGAGUGACCAAUGCCCCAGCAACUUUCAUGAACUUGAUGAACUGA